AUGAGCUGGGAAGUACCGAGACGAGAUAUCCGAUUGGUUGAACAGAUUGGUAAAGGAUCAUACGUUGAGAUCUGGAAAGGACGAAUCAGAAAGUCGCCCAAUACUAAUGAAAUUGUUCGAGUCUGUAUCAAAAAGCUGAACAGUAAUGAAAAAGAGAAAAGAUUUUUUGUAUCAGAGUUAGAAGUAUUAAAAAUGAUCAAAACUCAUACCAAUGUCAUCAGACUGGCUGGUAGUUAUACUGCUAAUGAACCAUGGUUAAUGAUGUUGGAACUGGCCACAGAGGGAACAUUACAAGAGUUCCUACUACAUGAGGGGGGUGUACGUCUUCGAUCUCAAUCACUGUCAGCCCAUAAGUUACUAGCAUUAACGGCCCAGACAGCCAGUGGUCUGGCUCAUCUUAAAAAAUUUAAAUUGAUAUACUAUCGCCUACGAUCGGCUAGUGUACUAUGUAGUAAAGGUGGUAUUUGUAAAUUGUCAGGAUUUGGGUUCGCUCAAGAUAUCACCGACAGAAAUAUGUACGAACCAGCAUCAGCACCCACUAGAUGGAUGUCCCCAGAAUCUCUGGUAGAAAAUAUCUACAAUAUCCAAACUGAUAUCUGGUCAUUUGGUAUCCUGAUCUGGGAAAUAUUCCAUUUUGGCAUAACGCCCUACCCUAGUAUGGGACCCCAAGAAGUUUUAGAAAAAGUCCAUUCUGGAUAUAGAAUGCCAAGACCAAAUCAUAUGAGUCCUGAAUUAUAUCAUGUGAUGUUGUCGUGUUGGAAUUCAAAUCCUGAUGAUCGUCCUGGUUACGAAUAUAUCCUAGAUAGACUUACAGUCAUGGCGUCCAAUCAUGCGGCCCAUAUUUUCAUGGAAAAAUUACCAGAAUUCGUGAAAGCUGGUGAUGGCUUAGACAUCAUGUCUUGA